UAUUUAGCGCAAAUCAAGGCUCAUAUAUUUCAUUUCCCCGCAAGAAAAUUUCUUGGGCUUAAACUUUACGCCCUCUUAAUUUGUCAUCAAUCUUCUUCACCUGCCCUUUCCCAUGUUCUUCUUACUAACAAACAACUCAGUCUCACCUAUAUAAAUAAAACUGGAUCUCUAACAAUUACUUCCUCAAGGCACUUAAAGUGUUAUUUGAGGGAGACGCAUGUUUCAUUAAACCUUCUCCCCACCUUACCUAUUUUAUCAUAUAUGGCUGUUGACCUACAAACUAGUGACUCAUCACUUCCUUAUGAUUCGUUACUCCCACCAUCAACGGACUUUACUCACUCCAACAACUUCAACGGCUCAGAUUCAAAUCCACAUAUACUAAUCUCCCCUCAAUUUGGAUCCCGUACAUAUUCAACAACACCUCAUUCUACACAGCCACAAAAAAUUGACGACGAUCUCUUUGAUGAGUUAACCAUGCUUCAACAAGAAGAUCACAAAUUCGAUUCUUCUGACAUUGAUUCCGACGAUUGGGAACCGUUGAAGCCAUUGGACUCAGUUAGUUGUUGGUCUCAAUCAUCUGUAUGGUCACCGUUGUGCUCCAAUCAGGGAAGCUCUGAAGGUUCUUUAUCACCUAAGGAACCAUCUGAGUCUGCAAAUAGCCAUGAUUCUGAUUGCUACGACGUUCUUAAGAUGCUUGAUAAAAUGAAAUUCGAUGAAAGUGAUGACAGUUCCAAAUCUCAUCAUGUUGGAAUUUGUUCAUCAAAUCAAUAUCUCCUCAACGAACAAAUUCGAGCUAAUCAAUUGUCACGAGUAAGGCAAGAGCAGAUUCUGUCAUUACAACAAAAACUUACGGCUUAUAGAGAAAGCAAUGGUCAUGUAUCUCCACAAUUUCAGAAGAAGGGUAAAGGGACUGAUGUUGGAAAUGGGAUGGGUGGUUUGCAACGGACCGGUUCUUUGAACCAGCAGGCCGGUUCGGAUAAGCCGCUUUCUCAGGGAGAUACCGGUUCAAAAGGCACGUCAUGUGGGACGGGUGUUUUCUUGCCACGUGGUGGAGUUAGUGCUAGGUUUCAGUCAACUAGUAAGAGACCAGGUAAAGGUUGCUCCACUGUUCUUAUACCUGAGAGAGUAGUACAAGCUUUGCAACUCCACUUUGAUCAAAUGGCUGCCACGUCUGGACCCAAACCUCGUGGCUUCCCUCCCCUACAUGAUGUUUUAGUGAGUACUAAUAGGGAUGGCAUGUAUUCUCUACAGAAACGCCAAUCAAGGAAGAAUCAAACACAUGUUCAGAAUGACAUGAUUCUGCCUGGAGAGUGGACCUAUUGAAAUUGCAGACUGUAGUAGAUCCAUUUGUAGCUUCUUUUUCAUUAGUUUUAUAACAAAUUCAUGUUAAAAAUGUGUGGUUUCUGCCAAUUAAAGCAGAAUAAAUAAAGUAGUAAUAAAGAAAAGCUGCUUGAAGAGGAAUAAAUAAAUUCCCUAAAUGGCUAAAUCUUGCUUCAGAUUCAUUAGAUUAAGAUAUAGGGAAUUUACUUUGGAUUGUAAUAUUGUAUCAUGAGUAGAUAUAUAUCUUUUUUUUUGGCUCUA